AUGUCUACUCCAACACCACCCCAAGCGUACCAGAUACCACAGCUAAUCCCGCCACUAACGCUAGAAACACUAGCUCCGUUUCCGCUCCCGCCAAAGCUAAACUCACUCCCCAGCACCCAAUUCACGCAGUUCACAACCAACCCCGAGUUGAUAUCAAGCUACAUCCACACGCUUCAAGCCUACAGACGCCAAAUCUCCACAUUGACAUCCUCGUUGUCGACACUAACCCACGUUCUCCAGAGCGAAGUUCGAGAUUCGCUAAUUCUAAAAUACGAGCAGCUAAUUUCGAAAAUCCAAGAUCAACUUGGUCAACUCCAGCAACUAUUUCAAGAGUUUGUUAAUUUGGAAACUAUACAAUAUCAGCUUCUUUCCGCGAACUUCAAUCUGGAUUUGUUGAAGCUAAAGUAUCGCAAGAUGGUUGAACGGCUCAAUGAUGUCCUGAUUGAAAUUGCUAGUGGUGCUACUCGAGGUGGUGCUGGUGGUGGUGAUGAUGAAGUGGGACGAAUGUUGGAACGUUUCCGUGACCUGCGCAAGGUUUACCAUUUGCAACGUGAGAAGUUGAACCGAUGGGAGGAGGAGCGGGUAAGCGGGUUCAUUUAA